AUGGUGGGUCAUAACACUUCUCCAAACGUCUAUCUGCUGAAGCCAGGGAAAGGAAAAGCGCCUCAGUUGCUGUACCAACCACAUUCUGCAGUAAAACAAAAUCUUGCCAAGCACAUGAUGUUUCUGCAAGCAAUGAGUGGAUGCGACUCGAUGUUAUCUUUAUAUAACCAAGGCAAUACUAAAUUUUUGAAGCCUCUCCCUAAAUACCCAGACCUUAAAGAGACCGUUGGGAAAUUCUUGGAUCCGUCAGCUCAGCCAACGGCAAUUGCUGCUGCUGGAGAAACAUGUUUGGUGGCCCUGUACAGGGCUAACCAUCUAACAGCUUCCUUAAAUUCGCAGCGAUACUAG